AUGUCGCAACAACCCCAGACAAUCUUCACGCGCUUCGAGGAGCCGGCCGGCUCGGCCGCCAAGGCCACUUCGGUCGCCUUCCCUUCGCCGCCCGCUUCGUCGUCCAAGCCCAUCGAGACCCUGAAUACGGACAUUGCCCGCAUCUACACGCACAUCCACCCCAUUCUCGUUAUCUCGAUCUUCGCCGUGCAAUUCAAUGGCGUCGUUGCCGAUCCGGUUCCUUCGCUGUUCAAUGCCCUCAUCCCAUUGAGCGUCCUGCAGCUUGUCUACGCCAUCCUUUGCCUGCCGGCUGCUGGCUCUGCUACCUCCAAGUCUUCUGGCGGUGCUCGGAGGAAGGGUGCUAGCGGCAAGGCGGAAGCAGGCGUUGGAAGCAAAGUCUCUACGGCCGUUCUCUCUCUCAUCCUUUCCACCAUCGCCGGCGUGCCGCUUGUUUCCGUGAUCCUUAUCCUCUUCGGGGCACCUUUGACGACGCACCUCGGCCACACCGUCCUCUGCGCUGCCCACAUCGCAUAUCUCGCUGCUGUUCCCACUAUCUACGCGUUCGGAGUCGAUGGAGCCAAGUGGAGGGAGCUGGUUGCGCUGAUGGUUCCGGUGGACGAAGUGUUUGGCGCUGCAAUUGGCACUCUUUUCGGUGCUUGGGCUGGUGCUGUGCCGAUUCCGCUAGACUGGGACCGAGAAUGGCAGAAAUGGCCCGUCACCAUCGUCUGUGGGGCGUAUGCUGGAUAUGCUGCGGGGAAACUGUUGGGUGGAGUCGUGCUCAGAGGCAAGACCUUUGCCUUUGAUUGA